GAAAUCUCACAACAAAUCAAGAAAAAGAAAAAGAAAAAGCAAAAGCAGAUCUCAGAAAAGAAGAUGUCUCUAAUCACAGAGGAUGUCAAAGCCAGAGCAGAGGUGUACCAUGGAGAUGAACUCUGCCAAGUGAAGUCAAAGGAACUGCUCAAGGAAAUAGCUCUACCCAAUGGUCUUUUACCUUUGAAAGACAUAGAAGAGUGUGGUUAUGACAGGGAAGCUGGGUUUGUGUGGCUUAAGCAGAAGAAGAGUUCAACCCACAAGUUUGAAAAGAUUGGGAAGCUGGUCUCUUAUGCCCCUGAAGUCACUGCAUAUGUUGAACAUGGCAAGAUCAAGAAGCUCACUGGUGUGAAGACCAAGGAGCUUUUGCUUUGGAUCACACUCUGUGAUAUCUUUGUGGAUAAUCCACCCACUGGCAAGAUCACUUUCAAAACCCCUUCAGGCCUUUUUAGGACAUUCCCAGUUUCUGCUUUUGAAAUUGAAGAGAAACCCAUCGACUUCAAGGACAAUAAGCAAAUCAAUGAUGCAGCUGGUGCUGUGCAAGUCAAAGAGAUCUGAUUCUGUCUGUGUCUCUCAAUUACCAAGAAGCGGUGGCCGUGGCGGUGGCGGUUAGUACUUAAUGGUGAUUUAUAAGUUAAUGUUACUCUUAAUCAGAUUCAGUGCUACAUUUAAUUAGUAUUGAAUGUUACUUAUGUUUCCGAAUUAAAAAGAAAUGAAUUUACAAUAUCCAUUAUUCCU